AUGAAGACAGAUGGAAUGGCAGAUCCUUCUAGCUAUGUCAAUCACGAGCGUGACAUCGACCAAGCACUCAUUGCUUUGAAAAAAGGAACUCAGUUACUUAAGUAUAGCCGCAAAGGGAGGCCUAAAUUUCGCUCAUUCAGGCUUUCACCGGAUGAAGCAACAUUGUUUUGGCUCUCACACGGAGAAGAAAAAGGUUUGAAGUUAUCUACAGUUUCGAGAAUUCUCCCUGGACAAAGAACUGCUGUUUUUAGGAGAUAUUUACGUCCAGAAAAGGAUUACUUGUCAUUUUCUCUCAUAUAUCACAACGGAGAUAGAUCUCUUGAUUUGAUUUGCAAGGACAAAGCUGAAACAGAGGUUUGGUUUGCAGGACUUAAGUCUUUAAUUAGACAAAACCGUAAUAAGCAGCACGUUAGAAGUGAGAUCCCUGAGAUAUAUGAUAGUGAUUGUUACUCUAGUGGUCGUCCUUCUACUGCAUCAUUAGAUUUUGCACCAAACAAUACACGACGAGGAAGAACAUCUAUUGAUUUAGGAAUCCAGAACUCUCCAACAAAGUUUGGUAGCUCAGAUGUGGGAUAUGAUCGUGGAAACAUGCUAAGACCAAGUGUUGAUGGCUUUCGAAUUAGUGUCUCAAGCACACCAAGCUGUUCAACUGGAACGUCUGGUCCUGAUGACAUAGAAUCGUUAGGAGAUGUUUAUGUCUGGGGAGAAGUUUGGAGCGACGAGAUAUCGAAUGAUGGGUACACGAGAACCGUAAAAACAGAUGUAGUGAUUCCAAGACCCUUGGAAUCAAACGUUGUUCUUGAUGUUCAUCAGAUAGCUUGCGGUGUAAGGCACAUCGCUCUUGUGACAAGGCAAGGUGAAGUCUUUACAUGGGGAGAAGAAGCUGGAGGAAGGCUUGGACAUGGUAUUCAAGUUGAUGUUAGUCGUCCAAAACUUGUAGAGUUUCUUGCUCUUACCAACGUAGAUUUUGUUGCUUGUGGUGAAUAUCACACUUGUGCUGUGUCCACCUCUGGAGAUAUAUAUACUUGGGGAGAUGGAAUUCACAACGUUGGGCUGUUAGGACAUGGGAGUGAUCUUAGUCACUGGAUACCAAAAAGAGUCUCUGGUCCUGUGGAAGGACUUCAAGUCUUAUCUGUGGCGUGUGGCACGUGGCAUUCUGCGCUUGCGACUGCUAAUGGAAAACUAUUCACGUUUGGUGAUGGAGCUUUUGGUGUUCUUGGACAUGGAGAUAGAGAGAGUGUUUCAUACCCUAAAGAAGUGAGGAUGUUGAGUGGCCUUAAAACCAUGAAAGUAGCUUGUGGAGUGUGGCAUACGGUAGCUAUAGUUGAAGUUAUGAGUCAGACUGGUACAAGUAUGCCAUCUAAAAAGCUGUUUACUUGGGGUGAUGGUGAUAAACACAGGUUAGGACAUGGAAACAAAGACACUUAUCUGUUUCCAACUUGCGUCUCUUCACUAAUUGACUACAACUUCCACCAGAUAGCUUGUGGUCAUACAUUCACAGUUGCACUCACAACUUCAGGACAUGUUUUCACUAUGGGAGGGACUUCACAUGGUCAGCUCGGUAGCUCAAUAUCAGAUGGUAAAUUGCCUUGCUUGGUUCAAGAUCGAUUGGUUGGUGAAUUCGUUGAAGAAAUCUCUUGUGGGGAUCAUCAUGUUGCUGUGUUGACAUCAAGAAGUGAAGUCUUCACUUGGGGAAAAGGUUCAAAUGGAAGACUAGGACAUGGAGACAAGGAAGAUCGAAAAACGCCGACAUUAGUUGAAGCUCUAAAAGAGAGGCAUGUGAAGAGUAUAUCAUGUGGCUCUAACUUCACAUCAAGCAUUUGCAUCCAUAAGUGGGUCUCAGGUGCUGAUCAGUCAGUUUGCUCUGGCUGUCGUCAAGCAUUUGGGUUUACGAAAAAGAGACAUAACUGUUAUAACUGCGGUUUAGUCCAUUGUCAUGCAUGUAGUUCCAAGAAAGCUUUGAAAGCAGCAUUAGCUCCAACUCCAGGGAAGCCACAUAGAGUAUGUGAUGCUUGUUACACAAAACUUAAAGCUGGAGAAUCUGGUUAUAACUCUAAUAUUUCUAAUAGAAACUCCACAACUCCUACGAGGUCACUAGAUGGGUCGGCAAGACCAGACAGAGAUCUAAGGACGUCAAAGAUUUUAUUGUCCCCAAAAACAGAACCAGUCAAGUAUUCUGAGGUUAGGUCAUCAAGAUCUGAAUCUUCUAUUGUCAGAGCCUCACAAGUUCCAGCUCUCCAGCAACUUAGAGAUGUUGCAUUCCCAAGCUCGCUUAGUGCAAUUCAAAAUGCCUUUAAACCCGUUGCCUCAACUUCGACGACACUUCCCUCAGGCACAAGAUCAUCAUCAAGAAGAUCGAGCCCUCCACGCAGUUCUGGAUUUUCCAGGGGCAUGGUUGAUACUUUGAAGAAAUCAAACGGUGUUAUAAACAAAGAAAUGACAAAACUGCAGAGCCAGAUUAAAAAUUUGAAAGAGAAAUGUGAUAAUCAAGGUACAGAGAUCCAAAGACUAAAGAAAACAGCAAGAGAAGCUUCUGAAUUAGCUGUAAAGCAUUCUUCAAAGCAUAAAGCAGCAACAGAGGUCAUGAAAUCUGUCGCUGAACAUUUGAGAGAGUUAAAAGAGAAACUACCUCCUGAAGUAUCUAGAUGUGAAGCUUUUGAAUCAAUGAAUUCUCAAGCCGAAGCCUAUCUAAAUGCGAGCGAAGCAUCUGAAUCAUCUUUACCUACAACAUCAGGUCAACAAGAACCAAAUCCUUCUGCAAACACACGCAAUCAAGAAGAACAACCAUCAUCUAGUGGAGGUAGCAUGAGGUCUCAAGAACCUUCAAACAUGGCAGAGACAUCAUCAGAAGCUUCAUCGCCGUCUAAAUCAGGAGGCAAAGAACUUAUUGAACAAUAUGAACCUGGUGUUUAUGUUACUUAUGUACUGCACAAAAACGGAGGAAAGAUCUUUAGAAGAGUUAGAUUCAGUAAGAGAAGAUUUGAUGAGCAACAAGCAGAAGAAUGGUGGAGUAGCAAAAAAGAUAAGUUGCUUAAGAGGUAUAGUAAUAAUAAUGCUUCAACAUCAAGUCCAGCAGCUUCUGAUUCAUCAGUUCCUACACCAACUCCACCUCAACCACCAGCUUCUCCUACACAACCAAAUUCUGAUGAUCAAACAGAGGAUUCAAAAGCAGAUCCUGAAAGCUAG